ACAGUACACCACCCGUGUAUAGUAUCAUAGCGACAUCACAAUAUGUAGGUAUCAUCGUGUGCUCAUCGGUACAUCACUACAUACGCACGUACGUACCGUCGCAUCACGUCCGCGCGCGCAUACACACACGACACGCACACAGACUCAAACUCGAGCGCGCCUGCUCGUCUAUAUACACGUGACACGGGCGCGUCGGCGGCAAUCGCUUUUCAGUCCGUCUUCGAGAAGUGUCGCGCGUCCGUCCGUCCGUCCGUCCGAAAUCCGCGUCGUCCACUUCGAACGCGUCCGCUGCCGAGAAUCGCGCGUCGAUCUCCUGUCGUUGGACAAUCGUUGCGACCGAACCCGUAAGCAUUGGCGUCGUCCCGAACAUGUGACGCGGCUGCCGCCGAAGCGGACGGUGCCGCACCAUCGCCGCCGCAGCAACCGCCACCGGCCCGAACGUGCCGCACAGCACCGCGCCCGCAGCCGUCCUCGCCCCGGCUGGCCACUAUGAUCGGCAGAUUCUUCAACAAGCCCGUCGGCCGGCAGUACGUGGCCGCUUUCGUCGCGUCGCUAUCGGUAAUGAUGGCUGGCACGUCGUUGGGCUGGCCGUCGCCGGUGCUGGCCAAGCUGGCCAACGGUGGGCUGACGAUGGCCGCCACCAACGAACAACAGUCGUGGAUGAUCGCCAUGCUGGAGCUGGGCAACCUGCUGUCGCCUAUACCGUUCGGGGUGCUCGUGGACAUGGUGGGCCGAAAACCGUGUUUGUUGCUCACGGGGCCCCUGUACAUCRUCAGCUGGCUGAUGGUGUUGUUCAGCGACACGAUCGGCGUGCUGUACUGGGUGCGGCUGCUACAAGGCGCGUGCAUCGGCAUCAUCACCACGGUGGCGCCAAUCUACAUUGGUGAGAUUGCCGGCGAUGGUAUCCGCGGCGCGCUCAGCACGUUCUUCAACGGCAUGCUUAACGCCGGCAUACUGUACGUGUACUGCGUCGGGCCGCUAGUGUCGUACGAUGCUCUCACGUACUAUUCGUUGCUGGUGCCKUGCGCAUUCCUGGGMACGUGCCUGUGGAUACCAGAAUCGCCGUACUACUACGUGCUCCGGGACGACGACAAGAAAGCGCACGAAUCCGUGGCGUGGCUGCACGGUGACGCGGAACCGGACGUGGUGGUCCGUGAGCUGAUGCGCAUCAAGGCUGAGGCCAGGGACGAUCUCCGAGACAAGGGGUCGAUGCGUGACCUUUUCGGGUCCCAGUGCAGCCGGAAGGCGUUCCUGAUCGUCCAGAUCGUGGCCGCGGCCGACGUGCUGUCCGGCAUGACCACCGUGCUGGCGUAUGCAUCUUCCACAUUCGCUCACGCCGAUACGGACAAGACGCUGUCACCGGACCAAUUCACCAUGUUGCUGGGCGUGUUGAUAUUCUGUACCACGUUCGUCACCGGUUACUUGGUGGACAAGCUGGGCCGCCGGCCUCUGCUGUUGUUCUCGUGUUUCGGUUGCGGUGCGUUUGAGCUGGUCACGGGGCUGUACUACUACAAGCGGUGGGUCGGGUUCGAGGCGCUGGGUGCCUGGAUACCGUUCACGGCCAUCGGAUCGUUCGCCGUCAUCUACAGCAUAGGGCUCGGGCCGCUGUUGCCCACGCUCCAGGGCGAGAUGUUCCCGUCCAACGUCCGUGGCCUGGCCAGCGCUAUCACGUCCGUCACGCUCACUGUCAUAUCGUUCGUCGGCCUCAAGAUGUACCAGGUCAUCACCGACCAGUGGGGCAUACACGUCAACUACUUCAUAUACGGCACCGGGUGCCUGGGGUCGUUCCUGUUGAUCUAUCAGUUCCUGCCCGAGACAAAGGGCAAGACGUUCGCGCAGAUCCAGAACGACAUCAUGAAAACCAUCGACGACCGGCCGACACGCAGCAAAAAUCGUCGAAAGCCCGUCAACGCCAACACAACGGGCGUCUAAAUCUGCAACGUACCUGUGGCCACGCGUCAUCUCGCUGUACAAACAAUGAUAGUGCCGAUAAAAUGAUAAUAAUAUAUAAACGAAUCGAUAUAGUAUUAUAAUGUGAUGUUUUCGUUUCGUGUUUUUUUAU